AUGCAUAAUCGGCUAACCCUGAGGAGAUUGGACGGAGGUUGCGAGAAGACGCGGGAGGCGGAAGAAAACGGUGACAAAGGACGGAGAGAGAGAGAGUCCCGGGAACCCGGGAGCAUGGGUAUUCUGGAAAAUGAUGAGGAGCCGAAGGGGCGAGGAAUCAAAGUGAAUUGUUUGUCAAGCACCAGAAGGGCGGAUGAUUUGAGGAGUGGACGUUGCGCCGUGUUGGAACUCGGACAGAUGUACGGAAUACGGAGUUUUUUUUUGCUGAAGAAAGUAUUCCGGUCAGAUCCCGUGAGCGGAGAAGCGGUGGCGAUUCCCGAAGGAUACCAUUUAGAUCAUAAUGAGAAAUGGAAAGGGAAAGAAAAGAAAAGAAAAACAAAAGAGAAAAUUUGA